AUGCCCCAGGACUCCCCUGGGUCCGGGUCUGCCAAAUCCCACGGGUUCAAAGCUCACGUUGGUGCUGGCCCUGGGUCACCAGCAGAGACGGCGGCACUUCUGAGGACCUGUGUGUGUGCAGAAACACGGGUGCCGUCUGGGCACCGCAGGGGGUGUUGCCAUCCCAGCGCUCUGCGGGAUGCAGGGAGGGAGGAGAAGGGAAAGGAAGGCCGUCGGUCUUUAAUGAACACCUUCUGUGUGCCCGGUACUUCCCCUGCGUCGGCUCAUGGCGUCCUUAGUAGCGCGGCUGGGAUCGCUGAUGCCCCUUUAGGGGGUGGAGAUAGGCUCAGAGAAGCGUGGGGCCGCUCAGCUAGAAGGUGCGUCUCGCACAGGACACUUAAGAAUCCCGGUGGAAGGAGGGAACAAACAGCAGGAGGAUGGGUGGAAAUCCAGGCCUCCAGCCCAUGCUCUUCGACGGGACCGUACGGGUCUCUGCGGAGAGGCCUCGGCGCUUCCCUGACAGCCGACGCUCCUGCAAGCGAGGCUCAGGUCCGGAGCCCGGGGGGUGACCUUCAUGCUGCAGUUCUGACUCUCUCUGGUGCUUUCCAUCUAGAAGGAGUGGCGCGGGGCGGAUUUGCGGGGGGAAACGUGAGGGGCGACCGGGAGGGCCAGGUUGGGGGCACGGGGAGGGGGACCCAACAGGCCCGAGGCAGGACGUUGGUCCCGGCGCGCCCUCUGCUGGAGGCGGGGGUCCUGCGGCGGCCUCCCGCUUGGAGCAGCUCCUUACUCCCUCUUCCCCCAGGGGUACCGCUCCCCUUUCCUACUUUCAUGGUUGUUGAAGAGACCCAAGGAGGUGGGGGAGAUGAGGGUGCCCAUGGGCUCCCCGCAUGA